AUGCCUGGGCGUACCGAAUCAUCUCUAUCAAUCGGCAUCAUUGGGUCUGGCCUUGGUGGCCUUUCUGCAGCCAUUGCUCUCCGUCGAGCGGGCCACAACGUAACACUUUACGAGCGUUACGACUUUGGUGGUGAAGUCGGCGCCUCUUUAUCUGUGGCCUCUAAUGGUUCUCGCUUCCUGGAGGAAUGGAAUGUCGACAUCCCAGCUGCUAAACCCGUUAUUCUACGCAAUCUUAUCCGUCAUGAAUACUCUUCUGGCGAGGUUCAGGGAAUCUAUCCUUUAGGAGACUAUCGCCAGCGCUUUGGCACCGAUUAUAACAACUUCCAUCGAAUUGACUUGCACAACCACCUAAAGGAUGUGGCACUAUCCUCGCAUGGCCAAGGUCGACCGGCCGAGCUCAAAACAUGGCACAAGGCUUCAAGCCUAGAUACUGAGACGGGACAUAUCACAUUUGAGAAUGGGGUAGAGGCAACACACGACGCUAUCAUCUGCGCUGAUGGUAUUCGAAGCGUGAUGCGCGAACAACUAGGCAUUAUUCCACAGGUCGUGCCAAGCACAUCCUGCUGCUACCGCUGCAUCAUUUAUGCCGAUCAGCUUCGCGAACUCGAUUUGGAAGAGUACAUAAACAACGAUGCCAUCGAAUUUUGGGGAGGUGAUUCCAAAACCAAGAUUGUUCUCUCAGCAUGUAGCGAAAACAAUGUCGUUUCAUGUUACUGCUUCUACCCGGCCGAGAAGAAUGAUCUGAAAGAGGAUGGUUGGAACAUUUCCACAACUGGGGAAGUCCUUGCAUCUACCUUUCCAGGGUUAGACCCCAAGCUCAUAAAGCUCUUUCUACAUGCCGAAGACAUCAAGAUGUGGCGCCUCUACAACCACGACCCUUAUCCCUACUGGAGCAAGGGUCGGUGCACCCUGCUAGGUGACGCUGCCCAUCCCAUGAUGCCGGAUCAGAGCCAAGGAGCCUGCAUGGCCAUCGAAGACGCUGGUGCAUUGGGCAUCCUUUUCUCUGACAAGUACUCUCACUUGACUGUCGAGGAGCGACUCAGAUUGUAUGAGGCUGAGCGUAAACCACGAGCUACGAGAUUACAGGAAGCGAGCAGACGUGCCAGGGAGAAUCUAAAUGAAAGAAUCGGAUGGUCUAGUAAGGAUACGAAGCCUGGUAUGCUGACUAUUGAUGAGGUGUGCGCUUAUGAUAUGCAUUCUCACAUCGCUGGACUGGUUAAAGAAGCAAUGUCCUGA